AUGAAUGGUGAUAUUGAAUUGCGAGGUCGACGUCGAAACUCUCGAUUAAUAAUUCCGGAUGUUGAAGAUUUAAAAGUAGUUGGUCCUAUCGUAGGCUAUGCUGACGAGCCACUUCUCCCACUUGCUGAUGCAUGCGCACCAUUGGUUCCUAUUAUCUUUAAUAUAUUAGCUUAUGUUGCGAGGGCUCUGAGACACACUUCAAUUAUUCCAUCAGAUGAUUUGACUCGUGAUGAAUCAGCUUCAAUUUUUCUGUACACGAUGGAAUGGGAAGAUGAACAUAGAAGUGUUUAUUCCAUUCUCAAUGAAACACUUAGAACAGCUGAUCGCGAACAAUUACAACCAUGGUAUAAGUAUCUAAAACUUUUACUUACUGCCUUGGUCAAAAUACCAUGCGCACCUCAACAAACUGUUUGGCGUGGAAUAAGAAAAGAACUUCGUCUCAAAUUUCGGCGAGGAACUCCAGUCAUUUGGUGGAGUUUCUCAUCUUGCACAACAACGCUUCCUGUGUUAGAGGAUGAUCUCUAUUUAGGCGCAUGUCUUUAUCCAAAGAACACGGCAUUGUCAAGACGUCGUUGGUAUAAAAAGAAACGAUUCAUAAUUCCAUUCAGCGUAUUGGCAGCUAUGAUGAUCGUUGCAAUUAUUCUCGGUUCUGUUCUUGGCUCAAGGACUACUGCUACAGCAUCAGGUAUACAUUUUGAUUUUCUUCUCCAACCACAGACAAAUCAAAGACGACUAAUUCUUAAGCUUCAAACUUCCGAUCGUUCAUCAUUAUAA